GAAAAAGCUCCCAAUAGUUCUAUAAUCAAUUGCAAAAGCCCGGCAAGUUUCUAUUGGCUAACAACAACCCGUCGGGGAGAAGUUCGCCGUAUCGAAGGUUGGACUUGAAGACAGUUUUCUUGAGUUGAGCUUUUUCUUUACACAGUUUAGUAAUGUCAUCGAUAGAUGUAUGAAUAUAAUGAUUGGAUUACUGGGGCUGGAUUUCUUUGGUUUAGUUUUGGGGGUCGUCACACAUUUGCCAGCAGUGAAAGUAGAAACCUUAGAUCCAAGUUUCGACGUCCCAAUCACCAACGUGACGGCCAUUGUUGGGGACACAGUAACGCUACCAUGUUCCAUCAAAGAACUGGAGAACUACAAGGUGAUGUGGCUAGACCACAGAAUGAAGACUCUUACCCUAGAGACGAGACGAAUUAUAGCAGACGAGAGAAUCACAAUCGAGAGGCCCCACAUCAGCGACUGGAACCUUUUUAUUCACGGAGUGGAGCUCUCUGAUGCAGGAAAAUAUAUGUGUCAGAUCAACACUGUGCCGGUCAAAAUCAAAUACAUCGUGCUUUCUGUACACGAACCACCUGCUAUCAUUCCUGGAAUGUCCAGUCCACAAAAAGUCACCGCUAAAGAAGGAGAAACAGUUCAGCUCGUCUGCAAUGUGACAGGGGUUCCCGCGCCUACAGUCACGUGGUACAGGAAGUCCUCUCACAGCAGAAAUCACAUCAAUAUGGAAGUGAUUGGAUAUGACGGAAUGGUUCUACAAAUACGGAACAUCAGCCGUUAUUGUGAUGACGUUUACCGAUGUGUCGCUAAUAACGGAGUGGAACCAUCGGCUAGCCGAGAAAUGACCGUAACAGUACAGUUUCCUCCAGAGGUACGCGUACAAAACAGGAAAAUACAACAAAAACUGGGUAAAGAAACAAUAUUGGACUGCAGAGUGACUGCAAACCCUCAACAAAACAGUGCAUGGACCAAAAACGGCAUCACAAUUGAAAACGAUGAAAAGUUUGAAAUUGAUCUAUAUCGAGACUACACAAACUCUUUGACUUUGAGUUUAAAGAUAUCCGACAUCCAGAAUUCUGACUACGGAGCUUAUCGCUGUGAGGCACAAAACGAACUUGGUCGUGAUUUUCAAGAUACAUAUCUUCUUGAGUUAAAGCCAAUGACUCCAGCACCCACCACUCCAAGUACCACCAAGAGGACCACAACACCCAGCAAUCAGUACAUCUUCCAGUGGACCCCAAGGAAUAAACCAAUAACGCCCAGAAAAGACUAUCAAAGCAAAGACCUAGUGCUCACACUUCCUUUUGAACCAAUACAGAAACCACAAGGUGUAAAUGGUCAACCUGGAUGUGUUUCAUCUGUAAAUGCUAUUUCUAUGAUUGGAUUAUUUGCAACUGUCUGUAUGCUGAAAAGGUGAAUGCAGCUUUCUGAAUUAGGAGAAAUGGUGCAAAGUUAUUGGAUUGCAGAUUCCAUUAAACGGCGGAUUCCAUAGCUCAGAAUAACUCAUCUUUAGCACAAAGAAGACCAAUCUAUUAAUUCGGAAAUUGAGAUCUAGAAACCCGUUAGAUGAUUUUUGGAUGUUUCAAUUUUUUCAUAAUAAACAGCCAUAUUCGGAAUUACUUGCACCUGUUCAUCGAGAAUCCAGUUGUGUUCACGGAUAAUGGAUGUCACGUGAUAUUGAGAGCCCGAUCCUCUCGGCCCGUGGACGUUGGGAUAUACUUAAAACAUCAUAUAGAUCAUGGAUUCAUUGAAUGAUUCAAUCAUUUUAUUUGUGGUUGUGAAGAAACUUUCUGUAUUGUCACGUCCUUUGCCUUGUUGACGUAUGAAUCAUAAAGAACGAAAAAGUUUUCUUACAUGGGAUAAAUGACCCAGUUCAUCACUGUUUUAUUUCUAAUUAACUUACAAUGAACAGUUUUUCAUUCAUGCACUAUAACCUGUAUACUAAUAACAUAUCUGUUUUGUUGGGUCAAAAUACGAAUAAACCUUUAAUUUGGAGAUGUCAUCAACUGCUCUGUAGUUUAGUUUUGCCAUGGCUGAAAGGAACAGUGUAUACGAACUUUUCAAGGGGAGUGUGAAUGACUGCAUUGAUAGAAAAACUGAAAGUUAUAGCAUUUUUAGGUCUAUACAUUUUAUCUUUCACAAUGACAAAGUCCCAAGUAACAGCGAGUGAACGGCGCCCGUAUACCUUUUCAAAAAAUCGUAUCUAACUCAACAACUUUGAUACUUAUUGUGCACUGAAUUUAAAGCACUAAGUUUUAAAACGCAUAGUCAAAUACAGCCAUAGUCUAGGCACACAUCUAGGUGACAUUUACAAUUAUACAAAACUUUAGGACCAUCACCAAAACGUCCGUAUCUAUAUUUCCAUUUGUUUAUUCCUUGAAUACAAUAAACUGAAUGAUGGCCGUUAUGUACUUUAUCAUCUGCGAAAUCUCUGAAACGGAGAAAAUAAUCAUUUCUAUCCAACAGAAAUAAGUCUGUAAAAAGCCAAUGGAAUAAUACGUUUUUAUAGGAGAAUCUGAUACAGAGGGGCGGUUAUUUAGCGGAAUAUGAUACAAUAAUAAUCGUUUUAUUGCUUGUAAUACGCGCAUUUAAAAUUCAAAACCGGGAAAUUCGUUUGAUUCCGGUCUUUGAUGCCAUAAAACUUAAUAUUCUCAGAAAUGAGAGAGUGCCAUUGUUCCAAUUAUUGAGAAUUGUAAAGAGCAAGCAUUUUGACAUGCGAAGGGAAUGUUUUUGUUUUAUCGAAUGCUAGAAUGUAGCAAAUGUCCGUGAACUGGUACAUUAUCAGCUACCAUAAGUGUAAAUUAUAAUUUAUGUCCAUAGGACUAGUUAUUAUUCCUCGUUUUAAAAUUCAUAGCACACGGUAAUUGAGUAUUUAAAAAACUCCGAUGCCAAAACUUAUGUAUAAAUUAGCUACUCUGAAAUGUUUAGGCAUUCAUAUUUUGUCGUAUUUCAUCUUUUUUAUCCUUAAAACAUAGAUGUGUUGUAAUUCUGGUCGAUGAUUUGAUGUGCAUGUCUUUCAGUCAAGAAAUUUAAAUCACUGAUCAUGUACAAUAUUUAAUUCUACAUUCAAAAUUACCUAAGGAUACCUUAUAGCCAUGUCUAUUUACACAAAGGUUUACACAAUAUGAUAUAUACGAGAAUUUCAUGUUUCGUACACUGUCUUAAUGUUUUAUUUGUUGAAGCUUAUGUUUUCGGCGAUGUAGACUUGUUGUUUAUGACAGGAAUGCAAGGACAAUAUUUGAUAUGUUUAUAGUUUAGAUCAAAACUAAAUUGAGUUGAGGUUUGGAUUGAGUGUUAUAUUUUGAUUACUAGUACUGUAAAUGUGUAUGAUUAAAUGUUCCAGACUGAAUGCAAUGCAUAAACAAGUAAAAUGUACAUAGUAUAACAUUGUAAUAGAUGUGUACAUCUGCAAUCAUCUUAAUGCACAGCUAAUGUGCAUGUACAGUGUAUAUUUGAAUCCCAGUAAACACGAGGUGAACUGA